AGUUCCGUAGCCAUUUUGGCUCAAGGCUCGGGACUCGGCCUGCGUUCCAGCAUGCCUGCAGGCCUGGCCCUGCGAUGAGUGCGCCUGCCGCGGCCCCCGUCCCAGCCGUGGAGCACGCCGGGGCUCCCGAUGGCGAUGCCGCCUGGCCGGUCCCUUCGGGGUCAUCUGCAGCUGCACUGGGGGACGGGCUCAGCAAGGGGAGCACAGACCCCCAAUCGCCCACCGCGAGCGCAGCACUGGCUCGCCGACCGUCGAUCCUGCGCGAGGCGGCGGAUGAGAUGCUGGUGGAGCUCCGCGGGGCGCCGCUGCAGAGCUGCUUCAGCGGCCGCGGCCGGAUCUGGAGGAGCUCCGCCGGGGAGCACAGCCACUACGAGCGUACGCAGAAGCGAGAUCGCCUCGAUUGGUUCAUCUCCCACGACUGGGGCACGAGCCGGUGGAUGAAGCUGCUGACCCUCGCCGUGUACUUCAACGGCGUCUCAGCGCUCUGCGCCAGCUUCGCCACGUGCAUGCUGGUCUUCGCGCUGCAGGUGGCGGGCGUGCUGGCGCAGCGGAAGAAGCCGGAGCCAUGCCUGACGGCGGGGGUGGAGUACGAGGAGGUCCACGGCGUCUGGUGUUUCCCCGCUGGCGUCUGCGCCUUCUUCUUCGUCCUCCUCUACUGGCAGGUCUGCCGCGAGCGCGUCUUGCCGCCGGCCUACGCCUUCGUUGACAAGAUGUGCAUCAACCAGCGGGAUCCCAGGGAGAAGGAGCGGGGGGUGUACUCGAUCGGCGGCUUCCUCCAGAAGUCGGACUUCAUGCUCAUGCUUUGUACGCACAGAUAUUUCUCGCGGAUGUGGUGCACCUUCGAGGUAGCCGCGUGGCUGCGGUUCAAGGGCGUUGGCUCGAUCGUCUUCCUGCCGCCGAGCGACGCGGUGUUCACUGGCGUCUUCUUCUCCAUCGUGCUGCUCACCCACUUUGGCGUCUACGUGGGCACUCACUUCCCCGGCGUGCCGAUCAGCGCCUGCGCGAAGCUUAUCGCCCUCUGCGCCCCUCUCCCCCUCGUCCACUCGUUGAGGCUGGUGAUGCGGGACCUCCUGUCGAUGCCAGAGCUGCUGCGCACGCACGACGUUGCCCAGACUCAGUGCUUCUGCUGCCAGCACAAGCACGUAGACCCAGAGACGGGGUCUGCGCUCAUGUGCGAUCGCGAGAAGGUCUACGACGCGAUCGACUGCUGGUACGGGAGCGGCGCGCCGCGCUCAUCUCUCGAGAUCUUCGAAGCUGCAGGCCCGUCAUGCACCGCAGCGGCAAGCCGCGACGGCACGGCGCGCUUCAACGAAGAUGUCCAGACCAAGCUCGCAGAGGCGCUCGAGGUCAUGGUCGCCCAACCGGUGAGCUACACCUCAUGCUUAAUCGCCGCCUCACCCUCGAUGUGGUACUUCCUCGACCAGGUUACCGCCAUUGUCUUGGACGGCCCGUACGACGCUUACUUGACUUUCAAGCGCUUCUUGCGAAUCCUCAUCAUCAGUUUCAUCCUCUGGCCGCUCGUGCGCGCCAACACGGUGGCGAUGGCGAAGCGCUUCCGGCACCGCGGCGCGGGCCGUUGCGGCGAGCUCGGGCGCUCAUUCGCGGCCUUCGGGAGUGGCUAUCUUCCGAUCUACGCCUGCUACUGGGUGCUCGUCAGUGUCGCCAGUCCUUCCGAGAGCAUGGCCAUCGAGGUUGUGCUCGUCGUCUUGCUGGUCGUCCGGAUCGCCUCCUUGCGGUACCCCUUGUGGUUUCGAUUGAUGGCUUCACCGAAGGCCGAAUUGGACGUUCUGGGGUGAGGGCCUCGCUGGGGGCCGAACGGAGGCGGUCUUCUUGCGCAGAAGAGCAGCCGAAUCUUCGCAUGCGUCUUCGGUCCCGUGCACGCCCCACGAGCACAUGCUUCUGCCCCCUCGGCGAGCAGAUCGAGCUUGCACGGCGCCUGGACUGCCGAGGUUGGCGCGAGCAGUGGCCUGCGCAUGGCCCGCUCGUGCGGCGCGUGCUUCUGAAGCCUCCGCCCUUCUGGCCGAGGGCCUGCGCCGCCCACGCUUUGCCGGCCCUGCGGUGUGCGUGGAGCGCGUGCCGCUUGCGCUGUGCCGGCGCGUGGCCCGUUCGUCCAGCAGCGCCCGUGCCCCCUUGGCAUCGCUCGGACGUGUGUAUUUUUUCUCCCGGCGAGGAGCAUGGAGGAGCAUCCUUCACAGGGGAUGGACGCCCGAGCGAUGGCCAGGCCCUGCUCCCGGCUGCUCGGACGCUCGGGGCGGCGCGUGCGCGGCCGCGGCUCGGCUGCCUGCCGGGCGGCACGAUCCGCAUCAAGGAGCCGCUUCGCAGUUUCUUUUGGUGUGGCUUGCGAUGCGAACGGCACGCGCGCGAGCGAAUACACAUCUGCACAUAUACUUUAUAUUUACAUAUAUUUAUAUAUAUAGGAGUCACGGGGAUGCUGCUGUGUGAGGCAUUCCGUAGUACGUGUGGUAUGAGUUCUCGUUGUUGUGUGCCUGGCCUGUGCUUGUUAACCCUGCCCUGCAGACAGAGCCCCAUCGCCCUGUCCUGCAUGACGAUCCCGGCAGGGGUGCAGAUCUCUCUGCGGGCGUUUCUUUCCAAGCCAGGGUACACAAGUUCUAGACAAUUAGUGGCGAGAGUGGGUGUGGGGACGGGAGAUGAUGAUGGCCUCGUUUCUUCGCCGCCCCUCUUUCAGUACUUUUCUGGGCCCGCCUCACCUCGCUUCCUUUGAUUACCUUGCAGGCCAGACCUCACGGUGGGUAGAUAAAAUACGUAGACAUGUGCAGAAUCGAUUGGGCAUUGCCGCUUGAACAGAUGCUUGGGCCGUCUUGGUCAGAGUCCCAUCGUGGAAUGAGAUUGUGUACAGUUCGUACAGUUCGGAGGUGCAUGCUGUCCCUUUCGUAUUCUAUUUCAUGCGUUCGGGCGCCCUGGCCCAUCCCUGCUGAGCCCCCUCGUGUGGGCACUCGCGCGGACACUGCCAUCGUCUCAACUCGCCGUCUGCCCAUGUGCCUCUUGGGAUCCAGGCUGCUUUGCUUUCUCACCUCGCCUUCGCCUCUGGCGAACGAUCCUCUGACCACCCCGCCGGUUGAAGGCGGAAGGCGUAUUUUUAGUGUUGCAGUAAGCGCAUUUUUUCGUCCGUCGGCGGUGGCAGGCUGCAGUUUGGGGGGGAUGUAGGAAGAGACUGGAAACAAGGCGCUUGCGAAGACCGCCGAGGUACGACGCACCAUGCAUAAGUUGUUGUUGAGUUUGCACGGCGCGCCGCAGUGCCGCAUGCAGAACAGUAUGCUGAUGAUGAUGAUGAUGAUGGGUGAUGGACAGGGUCGCUGCGAGGACGGCUGGCGGCUGCAGGAUGUGACCUCUUCCGAUGAUCUACAUAUUUGGAAGGCCUUACGACAUGUGAUCAUCCGGAGAGCUUAGUGCAUGAUGCACCCGAGACCUGCUUUCCCCGCCCUUUUUCCCUGUAUAUUAUGAUUUGCAUUCAUGGAAUGCGGAUCCUGCUGAUAACACUGGAAAUUUGAUGCUGGGGGUCGAUGAACAGCUGCACGACUGCACAUCGGCUGCUAGAACAACAACUUAUAAUACCAACGAAAGAAGCCCAGCGGCAAGGGUUCAGGGGUCGACAGUCGAGGAGACGACACG